CGCCCGUUCGCCGUCGCGACCCAUUCCCCCAACCGCCGGAUAGCUCGCGAAUCGGAAAUCUCGUCGCCGUCGUCGCCAUCGCCGUCGCCGUCACCCACCCCACGCUGCCCCGCCCCGAUCCGUCCGGCUCCGAUGGCGCGGUUCCACUGGCUGGAGGCCAUGCUGCCGCUGGGCGUCAUCGGCGGAUUCCUCUGCAUCAUGGGCAACGCCCAGUACUACAUCCACAGGGCCGCGCACGGCAGGCCGAAGCACAUCGGGAACGACAUGUGGGAUGUCGCCAUGGAGCGCCGUGACAAGAAGCUCGUCGACCAGCCCUCCACCAACUAGGACAUUGAUCAACAUUGGUCUUCUUGGAUGUUGACGAAUCUCUUUCAGAAGCUCAGAACUACUGUUGUUUAGUAUGGUUGUACUGGGGAUUCUGAUUGUGUUUACAAUUCCCCGAUGUCGGAUAAAUAAUGUGUACCUGAAGUUAAUCAAACAAAGUUUGGCUCCUUUGUGAAUUGUUUACCCUUUCCCCCUUGCUGAUUAAUGAAGAAAGAGAUGUUUGUAUUUGUUAUUCACUUUUAUAAGUAUAUGUUCUUAUCUA